CUGUGAGAUGGUGCUGCAGCAGAGCGCGCUACCGUAACGGUCCAUUUGCCACCACGUGCACCACGUUGUAUGGGAGUUCUAAGGCCUUGCUUGUGGUUACUUGCUCCUGAACGAGGUUGACAUAUAUACCUCGUGGUUGGCUUGUGGAAUUUUAAAUUCUUUUUGAAAUUAAUUUGUUCUGCUGUCAUUUCGGGCUUGUUAUGUUUUUUGUGUGAUGUUUACUGUGAGAGUGAAUCUGUAAAUCUUUCUGUGAGAGAACAAAUAGACAGGACAAUGGAUCUAUUUGGUGGUGAUAAUGGUGAAGUCCAAUUUACAAUAAAUGAAAAAUAUGCACAGAAUUAUGAAAAAUGGCGGUCAAGGGAGUUCUCACAACACUGGAAAGAUGUAAAUGGUAAGAAAAUAAACGGCAAGACAGAUGACAGAAAUUCUGAUUCAGAUGAAUCGAGUUCAGAAGAUGACAAUGUAGAUUAUUUUGAUAAACCGUUCUUAAAAAUGAUGGCAUGGUUGAAAAGUGAUGAUCCUAAUAAAUAUGAUAAAAUUGAACAAUUUGUUCCUUCUCCUAAUACUCUCCAAAAAAAAUCAAAAAAUAAGAAAGACAAACCCUUUGUUUUGCGGGACUAUGAAAGAAAUCUUAUUGUGGAAAAAGGCGGCAAACUUAGUGAUGAUGAAGAAAUGCCUGAGAGGGAUCCCCGUUCAUCUUCUCCCACUUAUGUUGAAGAACAGAAGGCACUCAAAAAUAGUUUUAAACAAGUUCUGGAAAAUUCAGAUUUAGAAGAGGAAGAAGAUAUUGGCAACCUUUUUAAGAAAAAGCAGAAAACAAAAGAGGAAAUUCAAAAAGAAGAUGAUGAUUAUAAAGAGUGGUUAAAAGGUCGUAAAAAAGAAUUAAAAGAUAAAGAAACUGAAUCGGAAUUGAAAAAUUUACAUGAUUAUUGGACUGAUCCUAAACUGGAUUCUGAUGAAGUUUUCCUCAGAGAUUAUAUUCUGAACCAAAAGUAUUUAGAAGAACCAGAUCAUCAACAUGCAUACCAUGAAAGUGCUCAUGAUUCUUGUGAUUUGGAUACUAAUACAAUAAUGGAGAGUAGAAUGGAUGCUUUUGAGAAAAAAUACAACUUUCGUUUUGAAGAACCUGAUCCAGAAUUUAUUAAACGCUACCCUCGCAAUGCAGAAUCUUCAUUACGUCGCAAAGAUGACCGAAGAAAAACAAAGAGGCAUGAAGUACGGGAAAGGAAAGAAGCUGAAAAAGAGGCAAAAAGAGAAGAAAUUAAACAACUUAAAGCAAUAAAAAGGAAAGAAAUUUUGCAUAAAAUAGAGCAAAUUAAAAAAAUUACUGGUAAUGAUGAUGUUAAUCUGCAAGAUGAUGAUUUGGAAGAUGAUUUUAAUCCAGAGAAACAUGAUCAAAAGAUGAGGGAGCUAUUCAAUGAUGAUUAUUACCAAGUAGAAGAAGAAGACAAACCAGAAUGUCCAGAGCUUGAAAAUGAGCUUCAAAUAGAGAACUGGGAGGCCUGGCGAGGACAUGAUGACCCAGAUGCACAAUACGAUGAAUGUGAAGGUGAUAAUUCAUGGGGUCAUCCAGAUAGUGAAGCUCCAAACUUCAAUAUGGACUGUGACUAUGACCCCAAAGCAGAGUUGCAGAAUGAAAUCCUUAGCAUGACAAAGAGCAAAAAGAAGCAAAGAAGGAAAUCUAAAUUUGCUGCAGCCCUAGCCAAACAAAAGCCAGUCUUUGACCCUAAUGACAAAAAAUUUGAACAGUACUUUGAUGAAUAUUAUAAAUUGGAUUGUGAAGAUAUUAUUGAUGAUAUACCAUGUAGAUUCAAGUACAGGCAAACAACUCCCAAUAAUUAUGGCUUGACUGUGGAUGAGAUUUUGAGGGCUGAUGUAAAAGAACUGAACAAAUGGUGUUCUCUAAAAAAAGUUGUAAAAUAUAAGCCGGAACAUGUUGAAAAAUAUGAAGUACAAGACUACAUAAAGCGAGGAAAUAAUGAAGCCCUAAAGAGAAAAAUAUUGCCCAGCCUUUAUGUCAGGAAUGAAUCUGAAGAUGCACUUGAUGUACAUUCAGAAGGAACAAAGAUAAAGAAAAGCAAGAAGAGAAAAUUGCAAGAGAAUGAAAAUGAUGAUUGUGAAUAUGAGCAUGUAAAGAAAUAUAAUUUUUCAGACGAAACCGUGAACAACAGUUCUGCAGAAAAUUUUAAGAAACAAAAGAAAAAGAAACAAAAAAUGGAGAAGGAUAUUAAUAGAGCAGAAGAUUAUACAUCAGGCAACUUAGAUGAGACCAUUAGUAAUUCUCCUAAGGCAACAGUUAAACCAAAGAAAUUUAAAAAAGAAAAGAGCUUGAAUGAAGCACAGAACCAUCAAAGUUCAGUAAUUCAGGAAAAUAGAAGAAAAUCAAAGAAAAAGAAAAGCAAAUUUGAGACAUCUGAUUCUAACAUCCCAGUAUCAGAUGACCGCUUGAAGGCCUACGGUAUUAAUCCAAAAAAAUUUAAAAACAAAAUAAAGUAUGGAAAGAGUCAAAACAACUGGAACUAAAAAUAUUUUAAUAAAUUCCCUUAUCAGAUCUUAUUUGAAAGAUGAAUUUCAAAAUAUGUAUUUUAUUCUAGUUAAAUGCUAUAAAUAAAUAAAUAAAAUAUGUUUUUUAUGAUGUAUUUAUUAUAAAUCAAUAUAUGUGGGUAAAACAAAGUAAAUAUAUAAGUGUUAACUGAAAUACUAAAUUUCUAUAAAGAAUAUUCAUCAUAUUGAAUUUCUUAUAUUUCAUUUAAUCAGAUCAGUCUCCUCAUAAAUCGCUUAAAGCAGCUUUAGCAUCAAAUUCACAUUGUAUGAAAGAUUGUCAAUAUAAUAACAGAGCGCCCAGAUGUAUUAGGAAAGGUACUAAAUCAUAUACAUUCGUGACAAAGAAUCCAGAUUCCAAUUUUCAGUUAAAAUGAAGAACAUGAAGAUAAUACUGAUGUUGGUGUAGUAUAGGGUAUUUCAAAAUAUGUUGUCUUUUAGGCUUGCAUGACUAAUUGUAGUUGAUCAAUGGCUUUUGCAUCUCACUUAUUGUCGCUGGAAAUCCAAAAAGAAUCAAGGGCAGUAUUGACUUGACAACUCAAAUAUUGUAGAAAUACCAAGAAAUAUUUAUUAAUAUAUCUUCACAUCUUCUGAAUCCUGUGAAUUUAGAACUUCAUUAUAGUAUCAAGGGGUCAUGAAUGGAACAUUUAUCUACUACUUUUUAGUAUAUAUACAGUCUUAAUUACUUAAAGAAAAGGUGUUGCCAGAUAUCAGUAUAAUUUUAAUCAUAAGAUCUUUUCGGUCACAUUAUCAGAGUUAUCUGAAUAUUUAUACGUGAUUAUUGAUUAGAAUAUAUGAAAUACAAAUUGAAAAAUGGAAACAUUAUUAACAAAAAGUUAUGUAAUGUAUUAUGGGAGAUGCUUUAGCAAACUGGAUCAGACCUUGCAGCGUCUGGGCAGAAAACGUGAGUUUUGCAGAUUUGGGGAAGUGCGAGUUGUUUAAGAGGACAAAGCGGCGGUUGGAAGAUGAAAGAGGCCGAUUUGGGGCGGUGUGGCCGAAGGGUCGAGACAGGUGAGGCUUGUGGUGAAGGCGGGAGGAGGGGGCCUCGGGGUGGAGUUAUACCCAUUGGCUAAUUUUAACACAUUUACACAGUGUUUUCUGUGUGAGUGGUGUGGAAAAUAGUUUUGAGAUCGAAUUUCUUAAGUGUAGUGGCUAUUUUAAGAGAAAGGGCAUACGAGCUGGUGAGGUAUGUAGCUGUAAAGUUUUUUUUUGAAUGCGUGUGAGUGUGGUGUUUGUGAUGUGAGUUGUUUUUUUUAUUAUUGAAUUGCCAAUGAUAUUAGUCAUAUCCAUUCAUCCUGGCUAUAUGUAUAAUGGUGUUUAUUCCUUUUUUUGUUUUUUCUGGAGACAAGGGUAUUGAAAUUAACUGAUGUACUGUAUCAUGAAAGGCUGCUUGUUUGUAUGAGGAAGGGUGUUGUGAAGUAUUGUGUAUGAUUGUGGCAGUGUGGGUGGGUGAAUAUAUUGAAUUUGUGGUGGUCCUGUGCUAGCGUGAUGGUAACAACAAGGAAGUUAAAACAGUAGUGUUUGUUUUCUUUUUCAGUAGUGAAUUUUAUGUUGGGGUGUAAGAAGUUGAUAUACUGUGUAAAAAUAGUAAAUAGUAAAAACUUUUAAGUUGUCUGGUAGUGCCAAUAUGUCUACAUAUCUAUACCAGAGAUUUUUUUAAAACGGAUGACCAGAAGCAAAUAACGUACUUUCUCAGUUGUCCAUGAAUAUUUUGUAAUAUCUUGAAUGAUACCUUUUCAAUAAUUGGGUCUAAUUAUGAACGUGUUCUGUUGAUUUGGG